CAUUCCCAUUAUAGCCCUCUUAUCUGGAGAAGGCACGUUCGUAACCCAAUCCCCAAAUCCCCCAAUCCCAUGUGAGGUGAGGGAAGGUGCUUCACACUCGGACGCAAUCCCCCAUUCCAUUUUCAUCAUCGUCAUCUUCUUCUUGUGAUUCUUCCCUCGUGCUUGAUUCAGAUUUUGGGGUAUCUGAAUUUGAACAAUAACAAGAAGAAAGAGGAGGAGGAGGAGGAGGAGGAGGAGGGGUUUCGCCUGGAAAAGGUGUGAGUUCCUCUCCGGAAGAAACAGAAAUAUCUCAAAUAAUUUCGUUGUCGUUUUUCUUGAGUUCCAUUUCACUUGGCCAUUUGAAUUGCAACGCUUACGCUUCCCCAUGCACUACAUGUUUUUUUUUUGUUGAUCAUGCGUGAUUAUUUCCUUAGCAAGAGUACAUUUUUGCUCUAGCGAUUGCCGCCGCCGCCCACAUAUAUAUUUAUAUACACACACACACAUAUUCUUCACAGCGAAAAUGGAAGGAUUAUUGGGUACUUGUUCUACAUCCUUGCCGCGCUUGUUGACUUGUUUUCCUGGGAGGACUAGAAGGCCAACACCUGCACCACCACUUGUUAACCAACACCGCCCCCACCUUCCACUCAUGAGAAAUCCAAAUCCUGCUACUGCUAUUACUACAACUACAAUGACUGUGUUCUCCCGUCAGACUUCCAUUAUGAAUUUCCCUCUCAGAAGUUACUGUUCAGCUAUACCUACAUCCACUGAUGAUAAUUCUCCUGGCCUAGAAAAUCUUGAUGAUUAUGAUGACGGUGACACUAGUGAUAUUAGUAACAAUUAUCAACAGAGACAAAUUAGAUACGGAGAAGAUUGGCAAUCAGAGUUCACCGGUCUGCUUGAUCCCUCGGAUUUUUUACCACCUAAAAAGCGGAAAAAACUCCUACAACGACGACAACAACAAAGUCCAAAACUUCUCCAAGGCAGUGAUAACAUGGACUGGUGCGUCAAGGCUAGGAAGAUUGCCCUCAAGUCUAUUCAAGCAAGGGGCUUGGCUGAUUCCAUGGAGAAUUUGGUUACUGCGGAUAACAAGAGAAAGAGGAGCAAGAAUAGGAACAAAAACAAGAAGAAACUGGCAGCGAACAAUAAGCAAGACAUAGUAGCUGAUGAGGAUUUGGAUUUUGAAUCCAGUUUGGAGGAAGAUUUUGAACUACAAAAUGGGAAUCCUUCGGAUAGUAGCAGUCACUUGAGGAGGACCGUGAGUAUGAUUGCAGGUGGGAUGUUUGAAGAUAAUAAGCAGAAAAACAUGGAAACAUUUGUUCAAAGACUUUCUCAAUUAUCUGGACCCUCUGAUCGCAGGAAAGAAAUUAACUUGAACAGGGCAAUUGUUGAUGCACAGACUGCUGAAGAAGUAUUGGAAGUUAGUGCCGAGGCAAUCAUGGCCACUGCCAAAGGCUUGAACCCUUCACCUCUUUCUCCUUUGAACAUUGCCACUGCACUCCAUCGAAUAGCUAAAAACAUGGAGAAAGUGUCAAUGCCAAAGACUCAUAGAUUGGCUUUUGCCCGUCAGAGAGAGAUGUCUAUUCUUGUAGCUGUUGCAAUGACUGCCCUGCCAGAAUGCUCACCUCAAGGUAUUGCGAAUAUCUCUUGGGCAUUGGCCAAGAUAGGAGGUGAGCUUCUUUACUUGUCCGAAAUGGAUAGAGUGGCAGAGGUGGCCUUGACCAGAGUUCAUGAGUUCAAUUCACAGAAUGUUGCUAACUUGGCUGGCUCUUUUGCUUCAAUGCGACACUCAGCCCUAGAUCUAUUUUCUGAACUAUCCAAAAGGGCUUCAAGCAUAAUCCAAACUUUCCAGGAGCAAGAGCUGGCUCAGGUAUUGUGGGCUUUUGCUUUGUUACAUGCACCUGCAGACUCUUUGAUGGAAUCUCUUGAUGAUGCUUUUAAGGAUGCUGACAAGUUCAGGUGCUGCUCAGAUGAAGAAAAGACAGAUUAUGGCAAAGAAAGAGACAUAGAGAGACACGUACUCCCUGAUUCAGACAAAGUCUUAGGUUUGCGUGGGCUCAAUUUCAAUAGAAAUCAGCUUGGAAAUAUAGCUUGGUCUUAUGCUGUUUUUGCCCAACUGGAUCGCAUCUUCUUUUCCUACGUGUGGACAACUCUUACCCAUUUUGAGGAGGAAAGAAUAUCGGAGCAGUAUAGGGAGGACGUAAUGUUUGCUUCUCAGGUUCAUCUUGUGAACCAGUGUUUAAAGCUUGAAUACCCGCAUCUUCAAUUAACUUUAAGGAGUGAUCUAAAGGAGAAAAUUGCUCGUGCUGGGAAAACAAAGAGGUUUAAUCAGACAGUGACCUCCUCGUUUCAGAAUGAGGUUGCUCGUCUUCUUCUUUCGACUGGCCUCGAUUGGGUUAGGGAAUAUGCUGUGGAUGGGUACACUUUAGAUGCUGUCUUGGUUGAUCAAAAAGUUGCUUUGGAGAUUGAUGGACCAACUCAUUUCUCAAGGAAUUCUGGGGUCCCUUUAGGGAAUACCAUGCUGAAACGUCGCUACAUGGCUGCUCGUGGUUGGAAGAUAGCAUCUGUCUCUCAUCAAGAGUGGGAGAAACUUCAAGGUGAGUGUGCACAGCUCAAGUACCUUAGGGAAAUUCUGAAAGAUCAUCAUAUUGGAGAAGGGGAUGGGAGGUGAAAGUAUGGAUGAGCUAGCGGCCAGCAUUUGUAAAAUAUCAAGCUUUGCUUUUGCCGUGCUGUUUCCUUCAUACAUACAUACAUGCGUACGGUUUGAGCCGUGUCUUCAGUGUCACCUGCUCUGCUCUGCGGUCUUCCGCCGCUGUUAUUUGCUGCAAUUAUAAUCAGAGACAGACAGACACAGCAUACGCCGUCCAUCGGAAUAUGACUUUUUAUAUUGCAAGAAAGGGAGAGGAACUGUGGGGGAGGAGCAAAGAGGGGAAGAAUGAAGAAACACAAAACAAAAUUAACGAGCAGAGAGCAAAAUAUCUAAAUUAAUGAAGAAUGUGGAAUGUAGAAUGAAGAAUGCAGGUGGGAAAGAACUAAAUUGUGCAGUCACUAAACUAGUCUGAUUUAAAGCCCCCUUCGCUCCCCUCCCCCUUGGACUUAUUCUGCUUUAUUAUGCCUUUUUAAGGUUUUCAGAAUUGGUGUUUAUAUGUGUGGCAAUCGCUUUCUGUAUAUCAUCUUUUCUUGAGAUAAUCGUUCUUGCGCGAUCUUUGGUAUUCAUGUCAUCUUUUCUUAUUCA